UAUUCUAGAUGGAAAGGAAGUAUAUUACAUCCUUUGAUUGGUUGUUAUCUAACCCUUCCCCUCUUCUUCUUCGGGAUCAAUCCAGGCUCAUUAUCUACUCUUGUUGGAGCAUAUUGUUUCCGGCGUAGAUGGCGUGGUAUUGAACGUGAGUGUACACCUAGCUGGAGGCGUGUACUGACCCUUGUUGUGUGUGGUCUCCUCUAUACCGGGCUGUGGUCCAGCUACCUCUACUACAACGCCGAGGUGGUCCACAACGGGGACAAGAUCAAGCUCAGGGAUGCCGUUGGAAACUUCCUCAAGUCUCCUCUUGCCCAGGAGUUUGGUCGAAGUCUAGGAGAGCACUGGAAGCAUAUGAAGGAGCAAGGAUUCUGGUCAACCUACACCCGCUUUAUCGACAGCUUGGAUCCAUUUGGAGAGAAAAAUGCGCUCAAGGUUCUUGGAUUACAACCAGGGGCUACUCAGGAGGAGAUCAGAUCAAAGUACAGAGAAUUAUCAAAACAAUGGCACCCAGACAAG